AAUCAGUAAAGACUUUUACAUGUGCGCAUCUGCAUCAAUAAUUUAUUUGGCGAAUAUACGGAGCUCUUCAAAAACUAUCCUAAUACAGAAUUAAACUAUGGCAGACAAAGAAAAUAUAAAACUGAGGCAAGAAAAUAUGGAUGAAACUCAAAACCCGAAGCAAGAAAAGGUUCAUGAAAAAGCAAAGUGUACGUUGAUGAUACUUACAGGAGCAAUAAUGGUUGUUGCCGUGGUCUUGGUAUCUUGGUGUGAUGUUACGAAACGUAGCAAAUCCUGUGAUCUCAAGGAAGCCGUCGAAUAUCUACGCCUGAAUUUUACUGUAUCUUGUAAAUAUGGAAAUUCUAAAGAGAACAUCAAAGAAAUCUGGGAAAUAGGAAUAUCAACACUUGUCCUGGAUUUCGUUUUUCUCUUUUUAAGCCUGAUUUUAUUUAUGAUUCCUGGUGAAAGACAAAGAAAAGGAUAUAUAGCUUGUUAUACCGUGCUGGCCAUACAAUCAUUUGUGUUGGUAUGUCUGCUAUUUCUCCGGUACAACAGUAUUGUCGAUUUCAAAGCAACUAAGACAGAAACGGAUUAUGGAGAAAUGAAGAGUGCAAUGAUCCAAUCACUCAGAGACAAUUUUACUUCGGAUGUUAUAAGCAUCAAGGCUAGUACUUCCGACCUUUGGAACAACUUUUUUCUCAAGUACGAUUGUUGUGCUGUAAACCAAGUCACUAGCACAACCAACGACUUUGACACGACCCCUUGGUGUACUACGUCUGGUUCCUGUCAACAGACGAAUUCUGUAAUUCCAAAAUCUUGUUGUAAAGCAUAUACAAUCGAUGAUUAUAAUGAGGCACCGGCCAGUUGUCAUGCUGAUGUCCAGGCAGGAACAUAUAGAGAUAGCUGUUUUUCUCGUGUUAAGAUGUUGGAUGACUUUGCCAUAACAGAUCACCAGAUUGAUGUAAUAGCUACCAUUACCUUAACCUUGGGGAUUUUGAAAGUUGGUGAGUUCAUCCUGGCUUUUGGGAUAGCUCUAGGGGUGGCUCGAAAUUGUAAGAAAACUGAAAAGUAUAAAACACAGUAAUGAAUGUUUAGAUGCAAUUUAGAUGCAAUUUCAACACAGAAUCAACAAACCACAUGGCUUAUGUUCUGAACUUAAAAUUUUACUUUUUGAUAUCAGUAUGCCUUUUCAAGAUAUGCUUAUUUGUUGUUCAUUAAAGGUAAACUUCUCCCUACAUAAUUUUAUGUACAUAUUAGGGGACCCCAAUUUUUACAAAGGAGCACAAAAGAUGUAGUUGAGCCAAAUAUGUUUAUUUUUACACGUAAUAAAUGGUAAUAACAAACAAUUAUCAUAGCAAAAACUGCAUAAAAAUAAGAUUGUAACACAUAUAAACAUGUGUAUUUGUGGAGAAAGAUAACAGAUGCGAGCUCUGAAGAUAAAAGUAAUUAAAGAUGCUGACCACUAGGAGUUGAACUUUUACUGGACGGUUCCAAGAAAUGAUCCAUUGGAAUGCGGUUGUUUACUUGUUUAUCAAAAGAAUGUGUUUGGUUAGGGUGAAGAAGCAACCAGUAGUAAUGAAGUGACAAGAGGUCAGAUGUUGGGAUAAAUUAGCUACAACAAAUCAUAUUACUAGAUAAUGCAAACGAAUUGAAAGUAUUUAUAAAGUGCAUUAGAAAUUUAAAAAGUGCUCAAGGUCAGAAUUAAAGUAAUUAAAAAUUCAAAUAUUGUAAGAAACUAUUUAUUGUAAUCAUACUAUUACAAAUGGAUUGUUUAAUCUAAUAAA